AUGCCGACGUUAAAGCAGAUCACCGCCUCCCUCGAGCUCGGCUCAAGCGGCGCAAGAUUGAAGGAGUACGGCCACCGCUACACCGAUGGCGGCGUCGAGGCGUUCGUCGUGGUUCCAGAGACCGACAUGCCGUUCCAUGUCCACAUCACAAGUAGUGGCUACAUCGCACCAGGUCUCGCUGCUUACGUCUACAUGGAUGGCGAGUACCAGUCCAACCGCAAUCGUCAGCGACUGCAGAUUCCCGCUCCUGCAAUGAGGGCAGAGGAAUACGAGAUCGACUUCAACAUGCGACAAAAGGAGGAGAAGAGUGCAGAUGGUCUCUUCGUCGCACGCGAUUGGACUUUCGCCAAACUCAAGACAGGUGAGUGCACUAGCCCCGGAGGAUUCUGCUUUCUGACACCCAACAGCAAAUGCCGACAAGGCUCCCAACGCGAAUCCCCAUUUUGCACACAACGUCGGCACCAUAGAGGUGGUUAUUCUUCGAUGCACAGACAGCGGUGCUCCAGGUUCCGUACAGCCAGCCUACUCGGCUAUUGCUCCCAUCGGAGCACCGACGGUCAAAGACUUCGCCACUCGAUCGGUCAGGAGGUCAGAGGCAGCUGCACCGGCUGAGCCGCCUUCCAAAAUUGCGUCUAAGGCUGCAUCCAAGGCUCCGUCAAAGGCUUUUACAAAGAAAGCAUCCGAGGCCGGGAGCGCAGGAUAUGGCGGCAUGCUUGGCCUCUUCGAUGGUGCCGGAGAUGCCCCUGAUUAUUACGAGUCUCGACACAGGAAACCUUAUGACCGAGACCCGUACAGCCCGAGACCAUUCACGGUGCACGGCGGGCACGACCGUGGCCAACCUGCUCCGAGAUACCAACCAUUUUCUGAAUAUCGGCAGCGUUUUGAACCCGCGGCUAGUCGCUACGGCGAGCCAUCUCCACCGACAGGGGCUUAUGACUUCCAACAGAGGCGUCGAGUUCCCCCUCAGCAGCCGCUUGAAUCACCUCAACCAGCACGCUACAACACACAGGGUCGGCCAAUCUACGACGAGAGCGCAUAUGGCCCACAGGCACAACCACGAGCAGAUCGUGCGUAUCCUAACGAGCCUCCAGGAUUCGACUUUAUUCAAGACAUAUGCAGACAAGUAGAAGCCGUCUGGAGACUCGCUUUUACAGAGCGACAAAAGGCUAUGGCUCUACACCAAGAGGUACAGCAGUACGAGCAGGACCCGGAAUUGCACCUCGCCGCUGUAAAAGCGCUUAGACAUAGAGAGCAAGAACUUCAAAAGUUGAACGAUGAAAGCAACGCCUUACUUGGAUCAAUAUUUGCGCGCAUGAGAAGGUUGGACCAAGCGUCUUGGACUUACUGUCGUGACUACCUCAUUUUCGAGAAGAGACUGGUCCCACCAAACCACCCAGAAGUGCAGCAAUGGCCGGAUCCGAGGAUGCCCCAGCCCACAAAUCAUCACACGCCAGCCUCGAAGUCAGUGAAGAGCGGAAGGUCCAGCGCUGCACAAGACGACGGCUGGCAGCAAGUGGGUCAAGGUGCAUCUGGGGGCGAUCUGUGGCAGAAAAAGAUGCAGCAGAAUGGCAGAGCCACGCAGGCCGGUGGCAACGAUGGAUGGGGAGCUUCGGCAGAUCAGAACGCUGGCAAUGAGAAACAAGACAAUGGCUGGGGUGGUGGUGGUGACGAUAUUGACCAGAACAAGGACAAUGACAUUGCUGGCUGGAGAGGCGAUGCCGACAAGAAUGAUCAGAACAGCCACUGGAGCAAGCCCAACAACGACCACAAUCAGCAAGGAAAUGUUUGGGGCGGCCCGGACGAGAAUAAGGUGAAGAGCAAUGCUAGCUGGGGCGGCGAUGGCGCGGGAAAGUCCGCAGGUGGCGACGGCGACGCAUGGGAUAACAAAUCCAAGAAGAGUGGGACGAAGAAUGCGAACGACAAUUGGGCGGCCGGAGACGCAUGGGAUAGUAAAUCCAAGAAGAGUGGGACGAAGAAUGCGAACGACAAUUGGGCGGCCGGAGACGCAUGGGACAAGAACUCCAACAAACCCAAGCCGAAAAGCGCUAGCAACAACUGGGGAGGCAACAACGACCAGCAGCAGAACGACGGUGCGGCUUGGGGCAACGACGCGAAAUCCCAGAGCCAUCAGUCCAAAGUGAAAAGCUGGAAGGAUGGCGGUCAGGACAAGAUCAAAGCCGCCAGCGGCUGGGGUCAGAAAGAUGCCUCGAGAAGCCGCGCGAAUCAGUCGCAUCGUGGCUACGGAGGCGACAGCACCGGUUCAGAGCGACUCGAGCCGAUCAUCAAGCCGUACUGGGCUGAAUGGGACCAGCCCAAAGCAGACGUCCAGAAGCCCAAGGUCAAAGCACGCGACGCCUACGAGUUUCCGGCUCCUCCCACUGUAAUUGCACCAAUGGAGAAGCCAGCAAGUGUCAGUUAUGGCGUCCAGCCCGGUCGAGGUGCCAAGUACAGCCACACGACCUAUCGCCCGGAGUAUCUGGACACGAUGCAGAAGCCCUAUGCGAUCUUCACGUUCAAGUACCGCAGCCGAGGUGCUUUGGAGAAGAUCCUGGGCCGCAAGAUCGAUACGAGCGACGUGGAGAGGGCGAUCGACGAGGCCGAGAGGGAGAAAUUGAUGAGGAUGCCGAAGGAUGAGAUUGUCCAGGAGAUGAUGAGACUGAAGCUUGCGGCCGGCAAGGAAGGCGGUGGCGGCGGCGGUAGCAAGAAGCCGUCGUCUCAUGCAAACUGGGGCGGAGGCAAGGCGGACGACAAGUUGAAACCGGAAGAUUCUGUGAGUCAGCGUGACUGGUCUGCGAAGCCUGAGAAGAAGAGCGACAACGGCGGCGGAUGGGGUGGUAAGCCAGCGUCGAAGAAGCAGUCGCAAGGCGGCUGGGGCAAUCAGAACAACAACAACAAUGGCGGCGGCGGAGGCGACUGGGGCAAGCCAGCGUCAAAGAAGCAGUCCCAAGGCGGUUGGGGCAAUCAGGACAAGAACAAUGGCGGCGGCGGCGGCGGCGACUGGGGCCAAGCAGCGUCGAAGAAGAAGGGUAGCGUGAAGAAAGACCAAGGAGGCGGAGGGGAGUGGGGCGACAACAAUGGCGGCGGAGACGACAACGCAUGGGGCGGAGGAGAUGCUGGAGGCGGCCCUCCUGGAGGAUGGUAA